AUGACAGAAGACAUAAUAUAUGCUGACCUGAAAUUUGAAAACAACCAUGAACUGGAAAAUAUCAGAGAUCCUGAAAAUACUAAGGAAAAAGGGUCUCCCACUUCAACCCGCUCUUGCCAACCACUAGUCCUGGUUUUCUUCAUGCUGUGCCUGGCAUUGCUGAUGGUGCUGGUGAUUCUGGCAGUUUUAUUUUUCCAGAUUCCCAAGGACUACAGGACUCAACUUAGAGACCUCAACAUGACAAAGAACGAGCUGCAGGCAAAUUUCUCAAAUAUGCUGCAAGUAAUAGGAAAUCAACUGUGCUUGGAAGGCAAAAAAACCCUGAAAAAUAAUGGCCAGAACUGUGCACUCUGCCCUGCAAACUGGAAGUGGGAAGGUGGCGAUAUGUGUUACCAUGUGUCUGACGAAACGAAGCCAUGGGAACAGAGUCUCCAGUUUUGCGCCUCACGUAACUCCACUCUUCUGACAAAAGGGGCAGAAAACCUGGAAUUAAUAAAAAAGGGUGGACGAGAGUACUGGCUUGGACUGAAAUUUAGAGCUCCACAGGGAGACUGGUAUUGGGUGGACAACACAGUUUAUACAGGAGAAAAAAAGUCUUGCUCAUCAUGUACAGACAAGCAUUACUUUAUCUGUGAAAAGCCUGCCAUCCAAUUACAGCGAGGUAACAACCAUUGGCAGGAGGACUGGUUUGUCAGGCUAAAAUGA